GGCUUCUGGGAGAGGAAAAUGGCAAAACUGAGGCCGCUGCACGCUGUGAGGACGCUGUUUGAGGUGCCGGUGGCGCUGGGGUGCUUGAGCCGAGCGUGCAGCACGUUCCACGCGUUCACGGAAGUGCUCAGGCUGCCAAAGAGACAAAUGACGAAGCUUGUGUUCCCACUGCAGGACCUCGAGCGGCAGCUCAUGCCGGACUCGAGGUCGGACCUUCACGUGAAGAUCUUUGACCCGAGCCUAGAGGACAUCUCCAAGGCGGAGAGCGUCUUCACGGCCAGCGCCCGGAACCGCAUCAGCUACCUCAGCUCCGCGGUGCGUCUCGACCACGCCCCGGACCUCCCCAGCCCUGAGGUGUGUUUUAUAGGCAGAAGCAAUGUUGGAAAAUCCUCUCUAAUAAAAGCCCUUUUUUCAUUGGCACCAGAGGUUGAAGUCAGAGUAUCCCAAAAACCGGGACACACAAAGAAAAUGAAUUUUUUCAAAGUUGGACAGUAUUUUACAUUGGUGGAUAUGCCAGGUUAUGGCUAUAGAGCUCCUGAGGAUUUUGUUGACAUGGUAGAGACCUAUCUAAAAGAACGAAGGAAUUUGACGAGAACAUUUUUGUUAGUGGAUAGUGUUGUUGGAAUUCAAAAAACCGACAGUAUUGCCAUAGAAAUGUGUGAAGAAUUUGCAUUACCUUAUGUGAUGGUAUUAACAAAAAUUGACAAAUCUUCCAAGGGACAUCUUUUAAAACAAGUGCUUCAGAUCCAGAAAUUUGUUGACAGAGAGACUCAAGGAUGUUUUCCUCAGUUGUUUCCUGUAAGUUCUGUCACCUAUUCUGGAAUCCAUCUAUUGAGAUGCUUUAUAGCAAAUAUAACAGGAAAUCUUAAGGCUGAUGGUCUCUAGUUUAACUGAAGAUUCAAAAUUCUUUAUGCCGACUGGAGUUGAACACCUAGAAUUUCAACAUUUUAAAAAAUCUUUUAUUUUUGAGAGAGAGAGUGUGACCAGGAAUGAGCAGAGAGAGAGAAGGAG